AUGGCAAGAAGCAGGAGCAUGGCGGCGCUGGCGCUCCUCGUCCUGGCCUCCUCCGCGCUGCCCGCGUCCGUCGCCGUGACGUCGCCGUACGUUCGGCCGCCGCCCAGGGCCACGCUGUCGCUGCCCCGGGACGACGACGCCGACGGUCAGACGCCGCAGCAGGUGCACAUAUCAAUGGUAGGGCCUGACAAGGUGCGGGUAUCAUGGAUCACCGACGACGACGCGCCGGCGACGGUCGACUACGGCACGUCGUCCGGCCAAUACCCCUUCUCCGCGACCGGAAACACGACGACCUACUCCUACGUGCUCUACCACUCCGGCAACAUCCACGACGCCGUCAUCGGCCCGCUCCAGCCCAGCACCACCUACUACUACCGCUGCAGCGCCAGCCCGUCGCGGGAGCUCUCCUUCCGGACGCCGCCGGCCACCCUCCCUUCAAAUUCCUGGGCUCGAGUGCUCGAUCGAUCAUGGCGUGAUUUGAUGGACACGGCAAUGGCGUCGCUAUAUGUUGCAGGUGACCUCGGUCAGACGGGGUGGACGGCUUCCACGCUGAAGCACAUCGCCGCCGCCGACUACGACAUGCUCCUGCUCCCGGGCGACCUGUCCUACGCCGACUUCGUCCAGUCGCGGUGGGACUCGUACGGCCGCCUCGUGGAGCCGCUGGCCAGCGCGCGGCCGUGGAUGGUGACGCAGGGCAACCACGAGGUCGAGAAGCUGCCGCUGAUCGAGCCCAAGCCGUUCAAGGCGUACAACGCGCGGUGGCGCAUGCCGUACGACUACGCCGCCGCCGCGCCGCCGUCGGGCGACAACCUCUACUACUCCUUCGACGUCGCCGGCGGCGCCGUGCACGUCCUCAUGCUCGGCUCCUACACCGACUACGGCGCCGGCAGCGCGCAGCUCCGCUGGCUCCGCGCCGACCUCGCGGCGCUCGACCGCAGGAGUGGCAGGCCGGCGUUCGUGCUCGCGCUGGUGCACGUGCCGUGGUACAACAGCAACGAGGCGCACCAGGGGGAGGGCGACGCCAUGCGGGACGCCAUGGAGGCGCUGCUGUACGGCGCGCGCGUCGACGCCGUGUUCGCGGGCCACGUCCACGCGUACGAGAGGUUCAAGCGCGUCUACGCCGGCAAGGAGGAUCCGUGCUCGCCCGUGUACGUCACCAUCGGUGACGGCGGCAACCGGGAGGGGCUGGCGGACAAGUACAUCGACCCGCAGCCGACGAUCUCGGCGUUCCGGGAGGCCAGCUUCGGGCACGGCCGGCUCGAGGUGGUGAACGCCACGCACGCGCUGUGGACGUGGCACCGCAACGACGACGACGAGCCGGUCGUCGCCGAUCAGGUGUGGAUCAACAGCCUCGCGGCCAACCCGGCUUGUAACAGAAGCAAGAAGAAGAAGAUGUGA